UAUAUUUUCAACUACUGCAAAAAUAACAUAUCAAUCUUUAAUGGUUCUUUGUAACAAAAUAUAUUAAUUACAGUAUUUUUGCGGUAUACUUGAAGGUAACUAUUGUCCUGUCAUAGAUUUCAUCGAGCAACACAACGUGACAAAGUGGUUGCCAAAAAUGGUAUUAAUAAAAAAAGAGGAAACCUACAAUUUUAACGAAGCUUUGACAGAACGCAUUUCUUUUCUUUUUACUUUUCACUGCAGUAAUACAUCAUCAUCCUUUCCUUCCCCAUCUUAUCUUUUUCUUUUUAAUAAACCUUUGAUGUCUAACUCGUCAACAGUUGCAAAAGAGUCUCAAGUAUCAGAAACGACAGCAGAAAACAUUGGGACUAACGUUGUACCAAGGGCAACUUCAGCAACCUCAUUGCCAGUUGAGUCGAAGAGUAUUGAAGACAAUGUUUCUGAAGAAAAUCAAUUACCUCUCGAUACAGAUACCCAAAGGUCAACAGAUACCACUAACAACGCAACCACUACGAAAACACAAAAAAAUAGCCUUAUUGACGAGAAAGAACCGAGAGACACUGACAUUGGAACAGAGUCAACUUUAGCACAGCAGUCUGACGACGAACAGGAGGAAAGCAAUAGUAUGAGAAAUGAUGUAAAGACAGCGCAGGAGGAUAAAGACGACAGUGAAACGUUCGAGGAAACAAUGAGUGAAGCAGAGAAUAAACGGACACCAGAAUUCCCAGUUUUUGACGAAGAAAACGACGAUUUCACAAUUUCUAACGAUGAAACAAACGUUCACGAUAAUGACGAUGACUUUGAUGAAUUUGGAGAGUUUAACGAUGAAUUUGUAGAUGCAACUCCUAACGCUGUUGGAGAUGAUGACGAUUUUGGAGAUUUUGACGAUUUCGAACAGACACCGGAUGUACUGGCGCCUGAAAAAGAUCCCACAGAAAAGGCGACGAUUCUCGAAGAAGACGCACAGUCAAACACACCUACAGCUGUAGAGUUGUAUAUUGAUGUAAUGAUGAACAGACCGAACGAAGUAAAACAAUUUAUGACGAAUUACCUUACCCAGUUAUGGAAGAGCAGUCGAGAAUCAGAGCAAGAGAGGGACGUGUUAGAAAGUGAAGAACCUGCAGAGACACUAGACAUGGAUAACACAUCUGUAGAACCCAACAUAUUAGCCACGGCAAGCAGGUAUAUCAUAAAGCAAAGAAAAUGACAAGUGUGCAGCUGAACACUGAAUUUGUUCUGCAUUAUUUUUUAGUCAAGAACUUUGGGAUAAGUUAUCUCGGGACACAGUAUUUUAUAAUUCAGUAACGGGUUCAGUGGGACAAUUUCAAUGGACCAGAUCAGAAAUCAACAGGGCUUAUUUACAUGCGUUGGGGGUCACAUUCAGCAACAAUUACAAUAAUACACCUUCUUAUACUUCCUCUCCUACUAUAGAUCUGAACAAUAAUGCAUCUGCUAAUUUCCCAACGGCAUCGAAAAAGAGA